AUGCGACUGGAAACUAGAGCUGACGAACUCCAUUUGCGAAAGAGGCUGCAUGAAAGCCUGGAAAUGGCUCGCUUGUGUGACGAGGAUUUGAUCAAAACCGACACAGCUGAUUUCUUUCUGUCUGAACGUCCCCUGAGCCAUUUCAUCCCUGGCUUGGUGGUGGCCCUGCGCUUUUGGAAACUCUUUGGCCUCCGCUUGCUGUGCCGACGGGUCCACAUAGCUCCGCACCACUGCUGGGCCUUGGACACGGCCUUCCAAACCAUCGUCCUUUGCUGGUACGGCUUCAUGGCAGGACUCUUCUCAACCUUGAACUUGCUGAAAGUAGACGACAACAAAUUUGGCAAAGCCCUCUUCAUAGGACCCAGUAUUUAUGUGUUUCUGCUCACGUCUCUUUGCCUCAUGGUGCUAGACCAGUGGCAGACCUUGAUCGCAUCAAGUGCAUCUUGUAGCUUUUUCGUCAUUCCUCAGAUGGUGGCGAUCAUCCGCGUCUUCGAUCACAAAGGACCACUUCUUGCUCUGCUUCUGGACUCCAUGAAUCAGUCCUUGUCUUAG